CGAAAGACAAGUGCGAUGAGAGUGCGCCUGCGUACAACUGUUAUUGUUAGAAUUUUCAAAAUGGCGCUGUACAGGCGAUAGCUGCCGAUUGUGUUUGUAUAUCAUGCAGAUUUGUUUUUAACAGAUACAACAUGGCUACCAAAUCUGCUGUUAAAACAUAUGGGAAGGCCAACAGAGAAGCUGCUCAGAGUAAAGCAUUUGAUGAUGCUCUUAAACCAAAUUCAGCAGCGAACAGGUCAACAUCACAGACAAAGUGGGGCAAGACUUCAUUCAGUCGUUUAAGAGAAGAUGAUCCAUUUGAAGUCACAUGUAAAAAAGUCAAAAUAGAGACAGAAUCUGCAGAUCCUUUCUCUUUUGAUUUUGAAGAUGGUGAGACAGUGAAAAAAGAAGUUGUUCAGGCCCCUGUUUUACCACCCCCUCCAACUUCAAACUCAGGGAGUGGAUUAGGACGUCCUGCUAUCCCUAAUCUAAAGGUAUCACAUAAAGGACAAGAACAUAUUGUAGAUAAUUCUGAGAAUGUAGAGGAAAGAACAGAGGAAGAGGAAGAUGAAAUUCCUUUGUCUAACUUUUCUAGACGACCUGUACGUACAUAUUCACGUAGGAAAAAAGGGGGCGAUGAUGACCAAGAAUCAGGUGAUCAGUCUGUGGCAGUUACCAAAAAAGAAAAUACAGUUCAAGGAAGGCCACAGAGAAGAGAUGUGUUUUCUGAUUCUCCAGAAAGAGAAAUAGAGGACCCAUUUGCAGACCAAAAUAGUAAAAAGAAAACUACAGGAACAUACACAAGGCGUAAAGAAGGUAAUGUUCCCAGAAUGAUCACUAGUAAAACUCAUGUUUUACAUUCGGAAGAAGACAGUGAAGAAGGGUUAACUGUCCUUAACUUCAGAAGUCAUUACAUGGAUCCUGCUGUUUAUAGUCAGUUCAAGUACACCCCACAUAAUGAUGACCCAGUAGGAAGACUCAAUAACAGUAAAGUUCUACAAAAAUCAGAAAUCAAACAUGGCAAGGGUUCCACAGUCAUUGUGGUUUGUUCCCCAAAGGUUCCGCCUGUUCCAGGACUGAAAAGUUAUCUGAAAGAAAAGCCUAGAGGCCCAAAAGCCAGUCAGGAAGAUCCUCAGUCCAGCUUCAAUCAGGUAUCAAACUUGGCUGAGGCAGCAAUUUUGGCAAAACAAGAGAUACAGACCCUGAAUAAAAAUACUAACUCAGCGUUUGACUUGACAGAAGAAAAUUCUGAUAACUUUACUUCAGCCGCCCCUGUUCCUCCUAGGUCCUUCAGCAGGAAGACAAAAUCAUCUUCAGGUUCAGGGGGUUCAGCUGUAAGAGUCAAUAGAAUAUUUAAAAGUAAAAAUAGAAACCUUCCUGAAGAAGAAAUCAAGCGGGAAGAUUCACCAGUUAAGGAAGAGACACCACCCCCACCAUUACAGAACGAAGUUAUAGCAGAAAUUGAAAACAAAGUUAUAGCAGAAAUUGAAAACAUUCAGCAAAAUCCUGCUGAGAAUUCAUUUGGUUUUGAUGAUGGUGAAGAGUCUGAAAUGCCUGAUAUUGUAGGCCAACAAGCUGAAAGUAUGGAAACCUCACAGGAACCUAUCCCAAUACAGAGUUCUCAGGAGUCUCAAGAAACUUGUGACAGUCCAAUGGAAGAUCUGAGUAGUUCACAAGAUAUCAUGUCCAGUAGUCAGGGAUCUUUAGAUAGUUCACAAGACUCAGCUAAAUCCAAGGAACCAGUCAAGGUGAAGAAAAUAUUCCGAUCCAAGAAUGCAAGAGUGGCAGAACUUCAGAAAAAGCCAACACUUCAAAAGUCUCCAUCAAAGGCUGUGUAUAAUGUGAGGUCCACAUGGCAGGCAGACAUAGAUGAAGAGGAGCGGGUAACAACACAAAAAAAUAAAAAGCGUGAGGCUGAUGGACCACCAAAGCUUACACCAGCACCUCCGAGUAAAACAGCUAAGAAGCCAACAUCAUCAAGAGAGGGUUCCCCUGCGGAGAUGCCACACCUAGUCCGAGCUGUACACUGGGGCAACAGAGAUGGUGAUGAUGCUUACACCUCUGUUCAUGUACAUAAAGAACACAAAGAGCUUUAUACUGUUGUAAAGAAUGUGAAAGAAGCUCAUGAAGUCCAGGAACAUGGAGAAACACAAGAGUUUGCUGAUGAUAUUGAAUAUUUGUUAGCAGGUUUAAAAGAAGGAGAACCUAUGUCUACAAGAUGUCUAAGCUGUAUUGGACUAGCCCAGAAGUGUAUAUCUGCAUCAUUUAGAAUGCAUCUGAGAGCCCAUGGUACUGUGACUGUUAUAUUUGGUAGUCUACAGGAUGCUGGGUCUGACCCUAGUUUAGCCUUAUGUACAGCUUUGAUGAUGUUUAUGUUGAGUCGAGACAGAUUAAAUAUGGAUCUCGACAAGUCUAGUCUCAAUCUUAUGUUGAGACUUAUGGAGGUCGAUAACCAGAACAAUGAUGGAGGAAUGACCGCUGCAGGGAAACGAGCCCUCAACAGAAAUAUUGAACGUGCUAAGGAAGUUUAUUUCCAGUUACAGAAGGAAGAAGGGAAAGAAAACCAAACUGAUCUGGAAAGUGUUUCUACUGGUAACCUUGCAAUGGAGUCGUUACUAAGUCUGACAUCUAGGGGAGCUGGUGAAUGGUUUAAGGAAGAGUUAAGAACACUUGGUGCUUUAGAUCAUAUAGUUGAUACAGUUUGUUCCUGUAUUCAGGCCAUAGGAGAUGAUACAACUUUACUGUAUGAUAGCACUCUAGAAAACAUCAAGAAAACAGACAGAUGUUUACGUGUAUUGGAAAAUGUGAUAUUUGUGAACACAGAGAAUCAGACAUAUUUAAUGUCAUACAAAUCAGGAAUUAUUGGUUCAUCUUGUUGCAGAGCACUAGAAAUCUGUCAGAAGUUUUUACCCAUUUAUCCAUUACCAGAUGGACCAAAGCUAGACAAGGAGUCCUAUGGAUAUGUUGUAUAUAAAAGUAUACUAGCAAUCCUCUCAGUGCUACUCAAUCUAACUCAUGAAAAUGAAUUUGCCUGUACAAAAGUUGGAGAGCAAGAGGACUUCAUAAGUACAGUAUUAACAGCCAUCUUACAGACUCCACAGUAUGUCCCACAAGAUCUCAGAUAUGAUAUCCUUAUACUUUCUCUUGGUUUAUUGAUAAAUUUGGUGGAACACUGUGGUGUAAACAGAAGAAAAGUCCUGGAUUCAAAGACCCAUAGAUCUUUUGAAUUUGACUGUCUUGGCAAUAAAAACACAGUUCCUGCAGCAAAGGCUCUGGUUGAGGUAUUCUGUAAGAGAUUUGAAACAGCAAAGACAAUGGACGAACAAGAUUUCUCCCAAGAGUCGACAACACCUCAACACUCUCCUAACAAGUCUGGUGAAUGGAAGGAGUCAGAGUCGGGAGUAGAAUGGAUAGUUAACUCAGCAAAGAAAAAUAAAAGUGACCAGAAAGCAAAUGGUGAUGUAGAGGAGAGACUAAAACCUGGCAGCAAAGAAGAGGAUUUGGCUGACGAAGAAACGUUUGCUAAAGCACUACAAAAAGCUGGCAAGCAUAUGGAAAACAGCAUAGUAGCAUCGUACAUAGCUUUAUUACUGGGUUGUGUAAUACAAGAUAACACUGUGUUUGUUAAUCAAGUGAAGGAACAUCUACCAUCUGGUAAUUUUGAUGAUAUGAUAAUGAUACUGAAGAAGUUUUUAUCCUUUAUGAGUCUAACGACUGCUGUUGGAAGUUCAGGAGGGAAAUCCAUAGGUCAUGUGAUAGAAGUUCUGGAGAGCUGCUAACAUUUGUGUAGAUGGUGUCACAGAUAAUGGACCAACAAGCAGUUUAUUACAUGCCAUACAAAGGCAUUCCUAUUAAACUACAAACAUUUUUUUCUGAAGGAUUUAUUGUUUUUUUUUAAUUUUCUGAGAGAAAUAUGCAUUUUAGAAUUGAUCAGAUGUAUAUCUGAUGAAUCCCAGUUAUGAUAGAUAUUGUUAAUAGGUGGUUUUACACAAAAAUGACGUUUGAUGAAAUUUUUAUAUUUUGAUAGAUCUGGAAAGUCGUAUGAAUUUUAUUAAAACAUUCAUCACAAACAUUAGCAAGUCACACAUGGUAAAUUAUUCCUCAUAAAUCACACAUUUAGCAUGUAAAAUAACACACAAUAUGUCAUAUGUUUUUAUAUAACAUUUUUUAUGUGAGAGAUGGAGUGUGCAAACAACAUUGUUUAUUGUUUUUGUUGUUGAAAUCGGGUUUGUCACAAAAAUUCAUGUAUCAUAAUUUUUCUUAUGUUGUUUGUUUAUCUGUGUAAAUAUUUGUUUUCUUGUAAAUAUUAAUUUUGUAAUCAUUUCAUUACUUGGUUCAAGAAGGAAUUAACAUAUAUAUGCUUAUCAUUUUGAUAUAUAUCUGGCAUAAUUCUGCUGUUUUAGACAUGUGACUUUUUUCAUUUGUAGUAAGUAGUAUAACAUAAAAAAUAAUUUGAGGUAGUACUAUUAUACUUAGUUCCAAUGCUUUUUAUUAUGGUUUAAGUACAUAUUUGUGCUUAAUAUAAGAUCAUAGAUGCAUAAAUCAAUUCUGAUUGUUCUGGGUAAAUGUAUGUUGCAACACUAAAGCUAUUCGAAUAUACGAAAGUAGUUCCUUAAACAUUCAGUAAGAUACCUAAGCCCUGGCUUAUGAUACAGUAAUAUGUCUGUUAUCACUUUAUUGCCAUCAGAAUAACACUUUAGACUGGGAUUCUUUCAUUAUCUUAUCAAAGUCUUGAAUUGUAGAGUUUUAAAAUGAGAAUGUUUGUCACAUGCUUUGCAAUGCAGAUGAAUAUAAUUAUUCAAAUUUGACGCAAUAGUGCCUUGGUUUCUUACAACACUUUUUUUCCAAAUUAAAAAAAAAAAAUAAUGGAAAAGGUUUAUCUCUUAUCAAACUUCAAUGGUUCAUUUUCAUAAACAUAAGAAAUCAUUAUUAGCGGUGGGGACUUCUAUCCUUUAGAGCACAUGAUAAAAUGAUAAUAGUUUACAAAGGCCCUUGCAUAUUAAUGAUGUAAUGAAAUACACAAAUGUUUACUUUUGGAGUGUUAUUGUUGUGUAAAUAGUCUGCUUACUUAAUUAUGUACAAAUUCCAAAUGAAAUAGUUUGAUUUGAAUAAAUGAAAUAAUGAUUAUUACAUUAAAUGUAUGAGGUAUCACGGAUGACAAUUUGAAAAGAUGGUCUCAGGAAAAGAAACCAUGCAAAUGCUCUACUCAGUUGCACAUCCAUUUAAAUAAACAUAAUGCAUAUUACAAAAAUAUAUCAAAUAUUCUCCUGAUUGCAUGUAUCGUUCAAUUGAGUAUGCAUCCUUGUGAUGAUAUUUUGUUUUGGAAUAAUUGAAAAGUUUGUUUAAUUUGUAAGGCAUAAUUAGGAAUGUAUCUUUAUUAUUGUCAUGCCAAAUGAAGACUUAAGACUGAGCUUGAAUAAAGUUUACUUUAAUACAUAAAUGUAAAAUGAAUUAAGUGGAUGAGUAUGAAGGCAUGCUGGUCAUGGCGUUUUAUCACAUUGUUGUUACAAAAACAUUUAUAUCCAUAUGACAGCCAGUGAAGUAUACCUUUCAGGAGGUAACCAUGAUCAUUUGAUUUUUAAUUGUUUAUGUUUAAUAGAAACAGCUUGAAAUUUUAUUGUGCAAUAGUUAUCAUUAAAAAUGAAAUGUUUGCUUAUUUCAAAACUAUGAAUAGAAUACAUUCUUAAAUUUUUUUUUGGUGUUAUAAGGCAUUUUUUAAAGCAAACGUUAUUUGUUAAAGUUAAUAGGGCAGCAUAACAUUUCUGGCAGGGUUGAAAUGAUAACCUAUUAAAUGUGUGAAAUAGAACAAAUUCAGCUUCUCAUACAAUAACUUUAUAAUUGAUUAUUGUUAAUUAUAUAUCAAUGACUUUUAUAUGUGAUGUAUAGUAAAAAAGUGUGAGUUUAACUCCUCAAGAAUCAUGAAAUUUGUAUGCAAGAUUUUCCAUUGUGUAAAUGGUAAAUUUCAUCAUGUGUUAGGUUAACAUCAAUGAAAUUAAUAAAUAUGGAAAUACUAUG